AUGCAUCAUUGCGGGGGAAGUCUGAUAACGAGCAGACACGUUCUCACUGCGGGCCACUGCCUCAGUAGCGUCAGUUCCGGCGAUUCCUUGGCGAGCGCUUCCACGAACUCGGUGCAAAAAUUGAGAAACUGCACGUGCGAGUGCGGAUUUCCAAAUCACGAGAUCCGAAUCGUUGGCGGCCGGCCGACCGAGCCCAACAAGUAUCCUUGGCUGGGACGCAUCGUUUACGAAGGCAAAUUUCAUUGCGGCGCUAGCCUCCUUACCAACGAUUACGUCAUAACUGCCGCUCACUGCAUCAGGAAACUGAAGAAGGAGCAGAUCCGCGUGAUUCUGGGCGAUCACGACCAAUUCGUCACGACCGACGGCCAGUCCAUCAUGAGGGCGGUGGCCAAAAUGAUUCCUCAUCGGAACUUCGACACCGAGUCGUACAAUCACGACAUAGCCCUGCUGAGGCUGCGCAAGCCGGUCCUCUUCUCCAAGACCAUCCGACCGGUCUGUCUGCCCUCGAUCGGCAGCAAUCCGGCGGGUAAAGACGGCACCGUCGUCGGCUGGGGACGCACCAAGGAGGGUGGUAUGCUGGCCGGGGUCGUGCAGGAGGUCACGGUGCCGGUGCUCAGCCUCGACCAGUGCCGCAAAAUGAAGUACCGAGCCAAUCGCAUCACCGAGAACAUGAUGUGCGCCGGCAACGGCAGCCAAGACUCCUGCCAGGGCGACAGCGGCGGACCGCUGCUCAUCGAGGAAAACGGACGACACGAGAUCGCGGGUAUCGUUUCGUGGGGUGUUGGCUGCGGUCGGCAAGGUUAUCCGGGAGUUUACACGAGAGUCGCCAAAUAUCUCAACUGGAUAAAGCUAAACAUGAAACAAAAGUGCAUCUGUACUGAUCUAAUCAUGCGCUGGACGAUACUCCUGUCGACGCAAUUGUUCCUUGCUGCUUGUUAUUUAUCGCAGACAGGCGUCGUCUGUGAGGAGGAAAUCGCGGAGAACGAAAAGAACAGCACAAAAGGAUUCCUCGAGGAUCUGUUCAAGAAGAAACAAGCAAAGCCACCCGGACCAUGUUAUUGCAGCUGCGGAUUGAGGAACGAAGAUAGCCGCAUCGUAGGAGGCCAGACUUCGGUGACCAACGAAUUUCCCUGGCAAGCUCGGCUCUCUUAUAUGAAUAAGUUUUACUGCGGAGGCACGCUCAUUAACGAUCGCUAUGUUUUGACAGCUGCUCACUGCGUCAAAGGCUUCAUCUGGUUCAUGAUCAAAGUGACACUCGGCGAGCACGACCGCUGCCUCAAAAACAACAACGCCACGCCGACCGAGCUGAGAAUCGUGUCGCGCGCCUUCGUCGGCAACUUCAGCCUGGCCAAUUUCCACAACGACAUCGCCCUGCUGAGGCUCAGCGAUCGAGUGCGCUUCUCCGACACGAUCCGGCCGAUCUGCUUGCCUAAAAAGACAGAUGAAUUGUACGACGGAAUAAAGGCACUGGCCUCGGGCUGGGGCACCGUUCGAGAGGACGGGCCGCUGAGCUGCAUCCUGCAAUACGUCGAUCUGCCUGUCAUGAGCUUGACGGAGUGUCGAAACUUCACCAAGUACAGUCCCCGCGUCAUAUCCGACAACAUGAUGUGCGCCGGCUAUCUCGAGGGCAAAAAGGACACCUGCCAGGGUGACAGUGGCGGACCUCUCGUAGCCAUGAGAGCGGAUAAAAAAUACGAGCUCAUCGGCGUCGUGUCUUGGGGCAACGGCUGCGCCAGAGCGGGAUAUCCCGGCGUUUACACGCGAGUGACCAAGUACCUCGAUUGGAUUCUCAAAAACUCCAAAGACGGCUGCUUCUGCGAUCAGGAUUAAAGCUGCCCAAUUUACUCACGACGAAUCUUCAUCAGCAUCUCGCUUCAUUUGUAAUGAAUC